CAUACUAUAUACCAUAUCAAAAGCUAACGCAUAUUCCAACAUUCACAUCCAAUUAUCAUUCAUACAAAUACGCUAAUCACAAUGUUUGGCAACUUCUCCAACAGGAAUAGGAACCACUGCUAUGGGGGCUUCAACUAUGAGAAUUUUUUGCGCAAUGAUGAGAUGCUAAAGAUGGGCUAUAAGCCACCGUUGCCCAUCACCACUGGCACCACUGUGGUGGGCUUACUCUUUAAUGCGGGCGUCAUGAUUGCCACGGAUUCCAGAGCAACGCGCAGCAAUUUGGUUAGUUCGAACGAAACCCCAAAGAUUUGUCGACUGCAGCGUAAUAUAUACUGUGGUGGCAGUGGCUAUGCCAGCGAUCUGUCUAGGUUGACGCGACUAAUGGAAGAACAGUGCGCAAUGCAACGUGAGGCGACAAAUGGGCGUAUCCUUCCCGCCGUCUGUGCCAAGCAGGUGGCCAAGACGCUACUAAUGAGCGCGAUGGGCCGCAUGAUGAUUAGCUUUGUGCUGGCUGGUGUGGAUCCCGAGGGUGUGCACCUCUACAGUGUGCACUUCGAUGGCACCACCGAGAUAAGCCAGUACACCUCCGUUGGCAGCGGGCAGUACAGCGCCAUGGGUAUCAUGGAAAGUCGCUGGAGGCCGGACCUGACCGAGGAUGAAGCACGCGAACUGAUUGUCGAUGCCGUUAGUGCCGGGAUCGAGCAUGACCUGUCAUCUGGCUCUAGCAUAGAUCUAGUUGUCAUACGCUCUAAUUAUACCGUUGCUAAAUGUACGGAAAACAUCCAUAGACCCUUAGCACCAGAGGCUAAACUACUUAUAGAGAAACCCGAGGUCAACAAAUUAGAGGAUGUUGAUAUUUAUAUUGUGGAGGAAUUGGUAUUGCCUCAAUCACUUAUACUACCAAUGCCAAUUCUUCAGAAGACUGACAAAAAACCCAUCCGGCGAGAUGCAGUGCGUAACACACCAGCAUUCACACAGAUAACUCUCAAGCCUAGCACAGAGGAUAUAGAUGAUGAAGAUGCACCGCCCAAGAAGAAAAGAAAGAUUUGAACAUGGUUCACAGUUAGUUAAAUGAAUAAAUUGUGGGAUGCUAGUCUCUUACUUCUAAGUUAGUUAACCUGAGAAGUGAACAAAUUUGCCUUUUAUAUAGUAUUUUGAAUA